GUUCAAUGUUCACUUCACUUAACUGGCUAUAAACGAUCACUACCCGGCCAGUUUAGAGUUAGUCUACACUGUCUAAGUGGAAUACUUGUCUUUAAGGAACUUUGAGUUAACAUGCUAGAGUGGGUCCUACUGGCUGUAGUGGGAGUGGCUACUCUCCUCUACUGGUAUCUGACUCACAACAACAACUACUGGAAAUCUAAAGGAGUCUACACUGCCCCAGGAGCCCUGCCAGGGGUUGGUCACCUGUGGGACGCAUUCAGGCUCAAGAAGAGCGCUCGGCUGGUCCACUGCGAGAUUUAUCAUCAGACGAAAGGUCACCCAGCUGUAGGUAUAUACUCGUUCCGUGAACCUAUGCUACUCCUGCGGGAUCCUGCGCUGGUCCAGAAGGUGCUCAUCAGUGACUUCUCCAGCUUCCACGACAACUCUAUCAGUGUGGAUGAGAAGACAGAGCCAUACCUCAGCAAGAACCCUUUCUUGCUAAAAGGCCAAAAAUGGAAAGCGAUGCGGCAGUUACUAGCUCCGGCUCUCACUCCAGCCAGAAUCAAAGCGAUGUUCCCAUUGAUCCGGAGUGUGUGCGAAGAUUUCAACAACUACAUGGAUAAACACUUGAAUGAGGAUGUUAACGUACAGAAAGUUGCUGGACUUUUUACGUCAGAUGCAGUAGCUAAAUGUGCCUUUGGUCUGGAUGGCCAUGCUUUUACCGAUCCAAAUGCUGAGUUCUACAACCAAGGGCAAAAGUUGUGGAGUGGUUCCUUCUACAACCCGCUCAUGAUGCUCUUAUUUACAUACUUUCCUAUUUUCAACAAACUUUUCAAGAAGAGUCUGUUCAACAAAGAAGUAGUGGAUUUCUUCAUCAGUAUAAUCAGGCAGACUAAAGACUACAGAGAAAGGAAUCCAGACAAGGCACCAGAUGACUAUAUCCAGUUCUUGAUAAAUUUGCAUAACAAAAAAGAAGGUUUUACGUUUGACGACAUAAUAGGGCAGAGUUCCACGUUUUACACUGACGGCUAUGAAACAUCUUCUAUAACUUCCAGCUUCGCUCUCUACGAGUUAACAGUAAACCCUGAUCUCCAGGAAGCUGUUAGGGAGGAAGUUCAGGGGAUGGAUGCAUUCACUUUCGAGAACAUUAAUUCACUUCCCAUUCUCGACAGAGUUUUGCAAGAAACGCUGAGAAAAUACAGUGUUCUGUCGUUCUCCAAAAAAUGUACUAAUGACUUCAUCCUCCAAGCCGGAGGAAAAUCAUUCCCAGUACGCGAGGGUGAGAUUGUUAUUAUACCUGUAUAUGGAUUACAUCACGAUCCUGAUAUAUACCCUGACCCAGAGAAGUUUGACCCAGACAGGUUUUUGCCUGAGAACGUCAAACAAAGACACCCAGCAACCCAUCUCGGCUUCGGGGGCGGUCCUCGCAUCUGCAUUGGUAACAGAUUCGCCACCUGCCAAAUAAAAAUACUAAUAGCUAACAUUCUGGCAAACUUCCGGCUGGUCAGAUGUGGUAAGACUGUGGACCAAAUGAGGCUCUCCCCUCAGCACACAGUGCCUGUGGCAGAGAAGGGAGUCUGGGCGCAGUUCCAAAGGCUAUGAUUAUACUAAUAAAUAGUGUACAUACAUAUACCCCUAGUAAAACCGUGUAAAGUAACAUCUAUAUUAAUAAAUUAAAUGUUGUUCUGUUUU